AUGGUUAGAACAACAGACCACUCAAUAGAGUUGGAACGUUUAGAACAGGAGGAGUUUAUGCAUUUGUUUGAAGCAUGUGUUUUUGGUGAGAGAACAGCACCAUGGCAAGAUCAUAACGAACUGCUUGACACUGGGAAAAAUAUAAUUAGCAAAUUGAAGGGUUUUCCACUUGCAGCAAAAACUGUUGAUUGCUCUCAUGAAAGACUAAGAGAGAUCCCUCCCGAUGUUCGUCACUUGUCUAUGAUUAUGGGUGGUGUAGAGGAAGAUCUAUCAAUAUGUGAUGUGGGAAAGCUUCAGAAUCUCCAAGAGUUGAGAAGAUUUGGAGUGAAAAGAGAGAAAAGUGGUUUUGAAUUAAAGCAGCUGGGACAUUUGAGAGAGCUCAGUGGAUCACUUAUUAUUUGUAAUCUUGAGAAGAUACAAGUGAAAGAAGAAGCAGAUGAAGUGAAUUUGUCAUCAAAAGAUUGCUUAAAGAAGCUAACAUUAGAAUGGGACAUUCACAGAUCGAAUAGCAAUGAGGAUCCUGUCAAAGAGGAUCAUAUUCUUAAUGUUCUUCGGCCUCAGGACAAUCUCCAAGAGUUAUGCAUCAGAGGGCACAGAGGCCAUAGUUGCCCACCUUGGCUUGGUCACAAACUUUCAGUAAAAAACUUACGAUCCCUUCAUCUGGAUGCUGUCGAUUGGGCUGUCUUGCCACCACUGGGGGAGUUGUGGCUUCCUAAUGAACCUGGGCAGGAAUAUCCUCAUUCUAUCGGAGAACAACGCUUUCACAACUUAAAAACUCUAGAGCUUGUUGGACUCGUAAGAUUGAAAAGAUGGGUUCACAAUGACACAUAUCUCCUAUUCUCCCUUCUUGAAACUUUCAUCAUCAGAGAUUGCCCACAGCUGGUAGAGUUGCCAGUUUUGCAAUAUGUUAGUCAGAAAUUUAAGCAAGAUAUGAAGAACAACCUGUUUCCUAAGAUACAAGAGCUUAGAAUUGCUGACUGCCCAAAAUUGGAGUCCCUACCAGCUAUUCCAUGGACUGAUACUUUGCACACUGUUGACAUAAAAAAUGUGGGAUCAAGUUUGGAACAGUUAGUUUACUCCACAAAAAGUUCAUCAUCUGGCCUAACGGUGGAGAUAAAAGAAAAUCAUCAUCUGCAAUGCCUUGAUGAGAUGGUGGCCUUUCAUAAUUUAAGUAAAAUACUUGAGUUGGAGGUCUCAAAAGGUCCACCUUUGAUGUAUAAGCACCUCCAUGGGUUAACCUCACUGAAGACACUCAAGAUAAUUGAUUCAAGUAAUGUAGUGCAGCUUUUAGGUGGACCAGGAGAUGCAAACCACCUGCUCCCUGUGGAACGUCUUGAGAUUCAGAACUCUAAUGCUAAUGGGAAGGAAUUGACCCAAUUGCUAUUGCAACUGCCUAAUCUCUCCUUCUUCAGGAUGUCGUCUUGUCGGAACAUAACUAGGCUGGGUGUGAUGGAGGAGCUGGCAGCAGUUGAACCAACAUCAAUGUCGUCGUCAUCAAGGAUUGAAACAGGACCACAACUACAGAUGGAAGAAGUGGGUGAUGAGGUAGGGCUGAUGUUAUUCCCACAACAUCUCUCCACUUCUCUGCGUGAAUUAGAUAUUACCAUGAACCCAGAACUGAGCCUGAUGGCUUCCUUCCCGCCUCAAAAUAGCUCCAGACCAGGAGGAGGUCUCCAUGGUCUGCACUCCCUGCAAUAUUUGUUCAUAAGAGGGUGCCCCAAAUUCCUCUCGGCCUACUCCUCAUCAUCCUCUUAUUGCUGCCCGUUUCCAUCUACUCUGGAUCGCCUCAGAAUUGAGGAUGUUGAGGACAUGCAUACAUUGGUGCCCCUUGCAAACCUGACCAGUCUCACCUAUUUAUUCAUAGAGAAUUGUGGAAAGGAUUUAAGUGGGGAAGGCUUAUGGAGUCUCGUCACUCAAGGCCGUCUCACCCAUCUGUGUGUUUAUCGCAGCCCAAAUUUCUUCGACAAUUCGGUGUCUUGGAUAGUAGCAACAGAAUCUGAACAAGAAGAGCUUCGUGCAUACUGCAAAAUUGAUAUGCUCCGGACAGAUGAUAUUGCAGGUGUCCUUGUUGCACCUAUCUGCAGACUCUUUUCUUCUUCGCUUGUUGAGCUAGCCCUAUCUUCAAACAAAGAGAUCGUGUGCUUGACAAAAGAGCAAGAGAAGGCCCUUCAACUCAUCACCUCCCUCCAUGUACUCUGCUUUUUUAACAAUGAGAGGCUGCAGUUUCUCCCUGCUGACCUUCAUGGACUGCACAAUCUCAAGACAUUGGAAAUUUUGAGAUGUCCAGCCAUCAGGUCUCUGCCAAAGUAUGCCUUUCCAAACUCUCUUCAGAAAAUAGAUGUUGAUCAUCUCUGCAGUGAGGAGCUACAACAUCAGCUCAUUUUGUUGGAAGGGGUCACAAUAAAUAUAGAACAGCCACUUAAUUUAUAA